AUGGCAAAGACUAAGUACUACGCGGUUCGGAAAGGACACCAGCCAGGAAUUUAUCUGACGUGGCCGGAAUGUCAACGACAGGUGAAUAAUUUCAAAGGCAACGAGUACAAGACCUUUAAGACGCUGGAUGAAGCCAUGUCCUACCUCGCCCUGGCUAACAUCUUCGUCUCUUCGCCCGUCACGCCAGCCGCGGAGGCUCCAAGUCACGCCUUUGUGCCUGCUGCUGCCACUACUGCUGACGCGCAUACAAGUGCUGCUAUUACUCUUUUUGCAGUCACAACAGGGGAAUGCGCUGGUGUUGGUGAGUGCUCGAGUGCCUAG